UAAAUCAUUUCAAUGCUGCCCAUUUCCCUUCCGAACGAUGUAAGCAAUGAAACUAAAAUUCACCAAUUGGUGCAAUUGAAAAUUGGCUGAAACUAGUGUGCAGCUCCCCAAUCUGUCAAAGUUACUUCACCAUACUAAGAAAAGGACCGUUUUCAACGCGUUUUCACGCACUCGGUCCCGCGCGUUCUGUAAAAUAUAUUUAGUUGCUACUACCAGUGACCUGUGUUGUGAAAAAGGCAAUACAAUUUCGGUGCAUCCGGUGCAAUCGGUGUUAAGUGCACAAAAAGCCUAAAUCUACGGCGACCUACUAUUAUCAUGGAUGAGUUAAAGGCUAUCAUACGUUCCCUGGCCAUAUCUAGUGCUAGUGGAAUAACUUUGUCGCAGCUGGAUCACGACUUCAAAAGUCUCGAAGGGUACAGCAUUCCUUACAAGAAUCAUGGAUUUAAAUCUCUGCUUUCGAUGCUACGAACGCUGACUGAUGUCGUACAGAUAAAGGGAAACGAUCAGCAAAGCACCAUUCAUCCAGUUGCCACCGAAAAAAAUCAACAUAUCCGUUCGAUGGUGGAAAAAAGUAAGAAAAGCAAAAAGAAGAAAACAAGUGUGUACAGUCCGCCAAUGUCUUCGUCGCACGAGCCAGAACGCAAAGCGUCUACUAAUGCGAAACAAUGUUAUAACAGUAAACCGUCGACGGGCACACAACAACAUAAUAGCAAAUCUUCUAAUUGGUCACAGCGUAAUAAUCGCAACGGAACAAACGUAAAUCCAAAUGCGUGGCGCACAAGUGCGCGCAAUCGACCGUGCGCGCAAAACGAUUAUUCUGGUGAUGACUAUUACUUCCACCAAUUUAUGAACACAUUACGCGACAUGCUGACAGGAACAGCUCCACAGAAUGGUCAACAUAAUUGGAACGGUGGGACACCUAAUAACUGUUACUAUCCAACACCGAACAUGCCGUAUCACAAUAAUCAACAGUACUACGAAAACUAUAUGCGGUAUUCUUUCAAUGCAUGGAAUUACAACAAUGCAGGCUGGAACUACAACCAAGCGGCUCCCCAACAGCGCCAUAUGAACAACUACCCCCCUGUUAACGGGAGUUGGAACGGACAUCAUCGCUCAAACUGGGUAGGAAACAAUAAUAUGUUCUUCAACAAUUCGAUGGGAUACACUAAUAAUGGUGGAGGAUAUCCGAAUCAAUACAAUUGCGGAAUGGCGAACAACAUGAAUGUUGGCUAUAAUAACAACUACCCGCAGAACGGAUACAAUAACAAUUCGAAUAAUUAUGAUUUAUCAAUGUGGAACAACGCCUACGCGCCGUACUAUUCCCAGUGAAUGGAAGUAAGAAAUCCGCAGAAUAUGGGCCCGAAUAGGAAGUUGUGUAUAGUUUUAAUUAUUAUUUAUGCAAAAAGAUGAGCUUAGUGUGGAUGUACAAAAUACGAACGAAUUUCUUUAACGUUAGCAUCCAAGGGAUGAAACCUGCCGACAGAUUAGUGCUACAUAUAAAGAGAAUCAUUUAUGAAAAUCUCAAUUGCUAAGAAUCGUCAUUGGAAAAAAGGAUAGGUGAGGUGAUUUACACAUUUUAUCCAGUCACAAACAUCAAAACAUGCUUUUAGAAAGCAUUAACUUACUCAAUUCAACGGUAAUCGUACGUUUAAAAUCUUCUGCGCUGCUGCAUCGUUAGUUUUAUCGGCCACUAAUCGAACAUUAGCCCCAACAAAUGUUUUCUGUCCUUUUGUUUUACUGCGGAAUAACAACCUUCCCGAGAUGUGCUGACCGUUCUAAUACCCGUACGUACGUUUUAAAUGGCGAUGUGGCAUUUGUAACGCAUUUGGGCGAACUUUUCUAUGGAUACCUAUGACUUAUAUUAGGUUUCCUUUUAGAAAAUCAUCUACUAAAAACAUUCAUCAAUUCGCUUGCACAUUUGAUAUAAUCAAAUGCAAGGUCAAAGCGGCAGAAUGUAAAUCGUAUCGAAAAGCGUACAUCGUUAAAAACAUGUUGUAUUCAUGAAAAAAAUGUAGAACAAAUAAACUGUUACCACCUCUAUUA